AUGCUCGGAUUCACACCCGAAUGCUUGAAUGGUGGCACGAGAACAGCACGGGGUGACUGUAUUUGUCCGAAAUAUUAUCAAGGCGAUCGCUGUGAGGAGAUCAUUUGUGUUAAUAAUGGAACGCGAGUGAAAGUUACAAAGACUAUGCCUGAUGAGUACAUUUGCAAGUGUCCACAUCCAGAAUAUAUAUCUGGUGCACAUUGUGAAUUGGUGCGAUGUAUGAACGGUGGACGUGCGAUGGACAAUGGUCAUUGCAGGUGCCUGGAUUAUUGGUAUACGGGACAGUUCUGUCAGAACUAUACUGCUUCAUGGGGUGCAGUAUUGGGAGUGCCUUUGGUGUGUAUUGUUAUAAUAAUAAUUUGUUGUGUGGUGUGUCGACUUGAUUUAUGUCCUCGCAAACAAACUCGAGGAGGCAGAAGACGUCGUAGAGCGCCCAUGUCAGGCACACUUUCUGGAACAGGAGCGAUUGCAGGAGGGCACUUGCUGGGCGCGAGGCGACAGAAUUUGAGCGCGUAUCGUGAUGCGAACAUGAGACGAGGAAUGGAGUCUGCGUUGAGGGUUCAGGAGAAUUUAUUGAAUGAGGAGAACCCGAAUCGUAUGGCAUUGCAACCAGCCGAUUCGAAUGGUAUACUGCCAUCGUAUGUGAUUCGAUUGAACACUCUUCCGGUGUUUAAUCCAGCAAUGAUCGGAAACGAGGUGGAUGGCGAGUUGAAACCGAUCGAUCCACCUCCACCAUACGAUUUGGUGAUCGCGUCCAGCGGUGCUAACGUGAAUAAUACGGGUAAUAAUACGACUAAUCUUGCUAAUAAUAACGCUAAUUUAUCACAACGACCACCCGAAUAUACGCCUCAUGAUGUGAAUGCGACGUAUAAUCCGACGAUCUCAGCCGAAGUUCAGGCCCCGGUUGCGGCUACAGAUCGUUCUCGUGCAACUCACAGUAACAGUAAUCAGUCAUCGAAUAAUAAUCACCGAAGAAGUGGUCUGGCAGCUCAACCUCAACAACAAACCACUCAUGAUAUACCUCGUCCACAAAGAUAA